ACUGGCAGGUGGCUGCGUUUGUCAACAACCACUUGUUGGGAAGGUUUUGCAGAAAUUCUAUGUAUCUGUCCUGUCAUGGGUUCUUUUAUUCGAUAGUUAAUGUUUUAGUCAAUGUAUUCUCACGCAGGAUAUAGGUGUGAUUCGUCUGUGAGAUCGAUAUUUGGUUCUGUCUGUCCAAACAGGAAACUAAUUGAAGAUCCAAGAUGAUCUUGAUGAUCCAGUGGUUGUGUCUGUUGCAGACAAUGUGUGCUUUGUGCUUGGUAUGUGUAAAUGGAACACAUCCUCCAAUGCGUCUGCAGGUUGAGAAGAUUUGUAAGGACUGGGCCAUAUUGACUUGGCAUCCAACAACUGCUACCCACAAACCACUUGUCAAGUGUGAUGUCAUAUAUCGGCCAUUCUUCUCAAAGACAGCUAAAGUUGUCUCGGUAUUACCCGACUAUGAGAGAACCAUAAAACUAGUUAACCUUUUGGACAAUUUAUUUUACAUAUGUUACCUGGACUGCGAGGGUUCCAGAUCUAACAAUGUUACUUUCAAAACAGGUUCUAUUUGUUAUGACUCGUGGGGUGAACAUUUAUCGAGAAACAACAGUACAGAUGAUGAUGUACACAGCACGCCGACCAUGUUGGAAGAUUCUGGUAUUGCUCAGUCCACUAUUGACAUGAUUCUCGGAAUCAUCUUCGGUUUGCUGGGCACAUGUAUCGUCGGUGCGGCUGCUUACUAUUUCUGGAGAAACUACAGGAGACGACAAAGAAUUUUACGACUUUUUAGACAGCCACAUAUAGAUCCCUUUGAAUCGCUACAGAACAACAUGGAAGAUUCCUCUAUUGUCCAGCUUUGACACCUGACAUACAGACAUUUGUAUUUUUUAUUAUGAACUGUGAUGUUUUAAAAGUUGCUUGCAGAAUUUAUACAACUGCUCAAGCCAUCUUAAAACUGUUAAUCCACAACCUGUUUAAUUUAACAAAAUGUGUUAGUUAACUACGUCAAUAUUAAUGUCAGCAACAGCACAUUGUGGCAUCAUAAUCAUUUAGGCUUUGUAUUUACAAAAAAAGUAUAACAUCUAACCAUAAUUUGUCUGUAUGUUAUAUUUGAUGGAUGAUACGUUUUUAUUUCUUCAUUUUAAACUUGAACUUAAACAUAUACUCAGGUCAAAGCUUCUGGAGUGGUUGCAUACAUGAAUAUUCAUGAGUAUUUAAUGCACAUUAUUGCUUAAUAUGAAAAGUGUAUUAACUUAAUAAAGUGGAACAAAUUUGAAAGCUAUUAUAUACAAGUGGUACAGUCAUUUUGCUUCAAACCACUGAAUCCAUCCUUCUAUGAGCAGGUAGUUGAGGAAUACAUGUGUUACCUCUUAGAACUGCAGAAUAAACAUACCAGUCUGUUGAUUUCCAUGGAAUGUUGAAACAAAUACUGUGACACAAUGGUUUUUUUUAAUAAUGUUCAUCUCAACAAUCCAGAAAAAAAGUUUAAUCUUUAUCUUUUUUGUAUAUACAGAAGUAGUUAACACAAUACUGGUCAUGAUGUCACUUCCAGGUAAGUUGGAGUGAGUGGAUUUGGGCCAAAAAAGACACACAGAAUAAUCAUAUUUUUAAAAAUUAUUUUGUGUCCACAGAAAAACUUAAAGACAUAAAUGAUAUCUGCUCAAUAUGGAAAUGAUCGUUAUUUUGAGAGGCAUGAAGGUAAAAUAAGAAACCACAUCCAAUGGGUUGAAUGAUGUCACAAAGCCAAAAUAAUGGUGUCAUCAACAAUUUAAUCGGAAGCUUAAUGUCAACCUGGACAUUUUGUAAUUUUUUACAGUAAUUCGCCUAUAGUUUAGAUAUGGAUUAACAUAUUUGAAUGAUCUUAUUCAAAUAUUUGUUCAUGAUGUGUGUUAAUAUGUCAUAAUUGUAUGUUAGUUUAAUCCAACAAAGGGAGUUAUAACAGUCUUUGUUUCUUAUGUUUUCCUACAUUUUAAUGCAAAAGGCUUCAACGUUGUGUCUUAGUGCUGUUCUUGAAUUGAUCACCCAGUCUGAGGGGAGGUAACUUUUUAAUAUACCUACCAUCCAAUUUUUUUUUUAUUAUUUAAAAGAUUAACUCUGUAAUAAAUUAAAGUGAAACCAGACAAGUUGUAGUCGGAUAUCUGGGCGGGACAUAGCCCAGUGGUAAAGCAUUCACUUGAUGCGCGGUCAGUGGGGCCCAUUGGGCUAUUUUUCAUUC